ACAGACAGACGGACAGACGGGCGGGCAGACAGGCGAAAGGAGGGACAGACAGACAGACGGACGGACAGACAUACGGACAGACAGACGGGCAGACAGACGGACAGACAGACAGACGGACACACACACGCAUACAUGCAAAUAUGUACACAUAUCGAUGA